AUGACAACAAAAGCGUGGAAAUUUAAAGAAAAAAAAUGGUAUGUUUUGAAAAUAAAAUCUAUGUAAUAAACGAAUAACCUGAGCUAUUAGAAAUCCACUAUUAAUAAAGGAUACAAGUUUUUCGGUGAACAAAAUGCGUUUGCCAAUUUUUUUGCUGUUUUUUAUAAUUCUUAAAGUUCAAACCCAAAUCUUGCAAUCGGUGAGCGAUGAUGAGCUACUGCAAUUGAUAAAAGAAGAGGAAAAGCUAAUUGUCUUGUUUUCUAAACCAAAUUGUGAUGUUUGUGAUAAAUUGGAGCAAAAUCUUGAUAGUUUGUAUGAUGACUUUGUUAAGCACAUGAAUGCCCUGACAGUGAAAACUGUUAACAGUCAUUUGGCAAGACUUUAUAGUCCAACAAAAGAGCCAGCUGUUGUGUUUUUCAGACAUGGUGUCCCAUUACUUUAUGAUGGUGAACCUGAUGAAAAUGAGCUUUAUGGGUUUUUGGAAAAAAAUCAGACGCCAGCAGUGAAGGAGCUCACAGACAAAAUUUUUGAACACAUGACACAAGCAGCUACUGGUGCCACUACUGGAGAUUGGUUUGUUAUGUUUUAUGGUGCAUCCUGUGUGGACUGUCAAAGAUUACAUGCUGUAUGGGAAGGUGUGGGAGCAACAAUACGAGGACGGGUCAAUGUAGCCAGGGUUGAUGCUAAUCUGGCAGGUCUAAAUACAGCCAAGAGGUUUAAGGUUUCUAAACUACCAGCUUUUCUCUUCUUCCGUCUUGGUAAAGUUUACCGAUAUGAUUUGCCAAAGAGAGAUAUCAAAUCCUUUGUUUCCUUCGCCCAGGAUUGGUACAAAAACACAAAGGGUGAGACUGUACCACUUCUUUCAUCACCAUUUGAUGAAGUGGUCGACUGGAGUGUUGAAAUGAUCAAAUUCAGUAUAGCUUUUGGAUUGGACAUGUUGGCAAGAUAUCCCUGGAUCUGGCAGAUAGGUCUAGCUGGAUUUGGCCUUGUUGCUAUAACAGCCUUGAUAGCAAUUAUGAAAGCAGGAAAAACGAAACCUAAAGAAGUUAAGAAAGAAAAGAAGAGUAAAUGAUUUUAUCUUGCACAGCAUUUAGCACAAAAUUUACUAUAAUUAUAAUGGUUCCCAGUCCCCAGAUAUAUGUAGAUUUAAGAUGGUCAAGAUUAUUAAGUAAUCUUACAUCAGUGGUAAAAUUUAUGCAUUUGGUCAUCCGUCCUUAUUGUAGUGUGAUAUUUUUUUUUUAACUAUAAGAUUAAUAUAACAUCGCAUAUAAUGAGUUUUGUAUAUUUCUUAUAAUUAAUAAAUACGUAUUUUUAUAACAUAUUA